CCCAACCCAACCAAGUGACGGAUUUAAGCUCUGGCGGGAGCUAUUGUGAAAGUGUGGCCGUGAGCUCCCUCCGACAGAAUAAACUUCUUACCAACGUGUCCGCUUUGCCUCUAGACUUGGUAAAUAUGGUUCGAACUAAAGCCGAUGGUGUCCCAGGAACCUACAGAAAAGCUGUUGCGGCUUCUGCGCCUAGAAAGUCCCUUGGCGCCUCCAGCUCGGCAAAUGCAUCCUGCAGUAGUCCCACAAGCGCUGCUGCCAAAAGUAAAUAUGCAGGAGGCAACCCUGUGUGUCCGAGACCAACCCCAACAUGGCAGAAAGGCAUCGGGGACUUUUUUGGCGGACCUAGCCGGAAGCCAGAGAAGGAGAACGAGCUGCCGGUGUCCGACGAGGAGGAAGCUGGCGGCAGCAGCAGUGCACCAGCACCUCGAAGGGCAAGACCUCUGUCAGAUGAUGAAGAGGAUGACUGAAUUGUGAAUGUCUGAUUUCAAUGCAUUUGUAAUUGACUUAGUUAUUUGAGUUCAUUGUCAUGAUUAAGAGCAUGACUGAACUGUGAAUGAUUGAUUUUAAUGCAUUUGUAGUUAUGUUUUGUUAUAUGAAAUGAUUCCCUUUGUAUAUUUGUACAUAUUUUUUACACACUCACUCAAUAAACAUUUUAAUCUUUCAA